AUGUUCACCGAGUCCCCUCAAUACUUGACCACUCACUACUGUGCUGCCGCAGGAGCUCUCCUGAUGGCAUACUAUGCUGUUCCCUAUUUACUGGACCCCCAUGGCUAUCGACGUCGGUUCUCUGGCCCAUGGCUCGCAUCUGUCAGUGGCUCAUGGCUGGCAAGAAGUGCUAGCUCUGGCCAGCACUACCAGAACCUUCUCCAAGCCCACGAGAAAUACGGGAAGUUUGUGAGAAUCGGACCCAAUCACAUCAGUAUCUCCGAUCCUGAUGCUCUGGUGGAAGUAUAUGGGCACUCGAAUGGCCUACUCAAGUCCGAAUUUUACGACGUCUUUGUUAAUGGCAGCGGUGACGGGAACGUAUUUGACACUCGGGAUAGGGCCAUCCACACCAUGAAACGUAAACGUAUCGCAAACAUAUUUAGUCCCCAGAACAUUAGUGCCUUUGAGCCUCGUGUCAGGGUGCACAUUCAGCGAUUUUGUGACCAGCUAGAUAUGCGGUGCGACCAGGCCGCCAUCGGUACGUCUGGAUUUAAUUGGGUUGCUAAGGACGGCCGGGCCGUUCUUAAUAGCUGUCCGCAAUUCGCCUACCUUACUUUUGAUCUCAUCAGCGACCUGGCUCUUGGAACUCCUUUUGGAAUGAUCGAGGCACAGAAGGAUUCAAUUCCUACUGUUCUAUCGCUCACCUCCAAGAAGAGCAUUGAAGGCGUAGCCCCCAUUCACCUUUCAGCGGUCGCAGGACAGGGUGGAAUGAUUCUAGCUGCUUUCCGGAACUUUGAGGAUGCUACGCGGGCGGCGGUCGAAGCAAGUGCUAUCAGAAGAGAAAAAGAAGGACAAGAAGCAAACGAGAGGGGGGUGGACUUACUCGACAAGUUGUUCGAGGUUAAGAAUGCCGAUGGCUCGCCACUGACGAGAUCAGAAAUCGAUGCUGAAGCCACAGUCAUACUUGCGGCAGGGAGCGAUACAACAGCAAAUUCCCUAAGUGCCAUGUCCUACUAUAUUGCUUCGAACCCCGACGUCAAAAAGAAGCUCCAGCAUGAACUUGAUUCUAUUGAUCUGAGCUCGGCUCUGAAGAUGAACGAUCUUGAAAUGGAGAAGUCUACCUGCAUAAUUCCUAGCUUCGAUCAGGUCAAAAACCUGCCAUAUCUCGCCGCAUGUGUAAAGGAGGCUCUGAGACUCUAUUCCACAGUGGGCUCUGGACUGCCCCGAGUCGUCCCAGAAGGCAAGACACUGACUGUUGCUGGUCAAGCGUUUAACGCAGGAAGCAUCAUUAGUGUACCAUCGUGCUGUACCAACAGGUCAAACGUGUGGGGUCCUGACGCAGAGGCGUACCGGCCAGAACGGUGGUUGGAGGAAGGAGCAUCGUCUUUGAACAAGUACUUUGCUGCGUUCUCGACUGGACCUCGCGGCUGCGUAGGUCGCAAUCUAGCAAACCUUAACUUACUAUUGGUUUCUUCUACUUUUUUCCGUCGGUAUGACAUCGAGUUGGCUAGCCCUACCACUAAGGUACUUGCUUCGGCCACUCCGUGCUGCGAAAUAUCGCUGAAAGAUGACUUGUCAGCUGCAGACUUUUGA